GUUACAACUAGGUUGGCGACUUGUUUACAUCAUGGCCGCCGAUAUGUAACUUUAAAGAUAUCGAAAUUUACAUAUUAAAACAGUUUUAAAAAAAUCGGUAUUUUCAGGAUAAAAAGAUGGGUAGCAGCUCUGGUAAACCAAAGGUUGAGGAUAACCAAACCAGCAACAGUGGGAGACAGGAUGACCCAAAGUCUUCUAACCAAUCAACAAGUAACAAGCAGCAGGGAGGACCAGUGGAGGACAAAUCAUCAUCAGACAAAAAAGUUACUGCAACAGCAACCAAUGAAAAACAAGUCAAAACCUCCACAGAUAAAAAGGACACUUUGACCGGAAGCAAUACAGAGAAAGUCGAUACUGUUGUUGACAAAAGGAUUGUUGAAGAAGAAAAACCCAAAGAGACAGAGAAGAAAGUAGAAACAGGUAAUUCACAGGGAAAAGAGGAACCAAAAGACAAUGCAGCAGAUGGUCUUAAGAAUGGAAAGGAAGUUGGAAACAUAAAGUAUGAACCCAAGUCAGAAAAUUUGAUUGAAGAAGUGUUGAUUGAUGAAGGUCCAAAGGAACAGUUGAAGUUUGACUGUGCUGUAAAGUCUGCUUGUCUUUUGGUUAAGCCAGAAAGUGUUUACAAGUGUAUCACAAAGAAUGUGACAAAGUUACAGUUAAUGAGAGCUCUACCUCAGCAUUUCUCUCUACCAGACAUGCUUAGCAAACUGGAUAAUCUGAAGGAUUUGGAUCUUUCAUACAACAACAUGGGACCUCAGUGUUUCAGGUCUGUUUGUCUGGCGAUGUGCCGAAACUCUACGAUAUUAAGUUUAAAUCUUGCUGAUAAUAAAGCAGACACAGAUUCAGCUGACUGUAUAGGCAAGAUGUUGGAGGAAAACAGCACUUUACAAUACUUAGAUGUAUCCAGCAACUAUCUCGGAAAAGAUUACUUCUCUCGUAAAGUAGGACCUACUUUAAAAACAAAUACUGCACUGAAAACUUUAAGGUGUGAUAGCAUUGGAUCGACUGAUGUCCGGCUCCUAAUUGAUGGUUUACAGUCUAAUACAAGUCUUACAGAGUUAGACAUGAGUAAUAAUGACAUAUCUGACAAAGUUGGCUUUGGUAAAGGUCUGGGAGAAUGUCUUAAGAGAUCUGACUGUGUUCUAACGACUAUUUCACUGAGUCGGUGCAGCCUUAAUGCAGCAGCCAUCACUGAGAUAGAGAAAGGGCUGCAGGAAAACAAAUCUUUGUGUGAGCUUAAUCUAACAGGAGCUGAGUUAGACAGUUUGGGUCAGCUGGUCAGCCUGAUAGUGACUGCAGCCAAACAUCCGUGUAUGAGAAAUCUCAGUCUAGAUAGUGUGACAUCCAAAUCUACAAACAUAAAUGCAGAAUAUCCACAGUGUGAAACAACAUCAUCUCUACAAGUAUUAAGUUUGAACACUUGCGGUCUUGUUGAUGGUGUAUUUACCUCCAUUGAGAAGAGCUGUCAAGGGAAGUUACUCUGUCUAGUAGAGAUUGACCUGACCAGUAAUGAGAAUCUCUCAUUACAGAGUUUAGAUAGUCUUGCUAAGAUUACAACUGAUGAAGACGGGCAGAGUCAAUUAAGAAGACUUAGGUAUGGAGCGAACAAAGGAGACAACUUGGUAGAGAAACUUACACAGUUCCCUAACUUGCAUUAUCUGAAUCUCAGACUGUGUCAUUUUUCUGAUAAGGAAGUAGAUAUAAGACAAUUAGGGAAACACUUAUCAGAGCCAUCAUGCAGUGUGUCAACAGUUAUUCUGGAUGGAUUGAAACUAUCCAGUACAACUACAAUCAAAGAUCUACUUGUGAAUCCAAAGACAAGUAAACUGACGACCUUGAGUCUUGGUGGCUGUUCAUUGGAUGACAAUGACCUUUCACCUUUAUGUAAUGCAAUCAAAGAUGGUCUACAGUUAAGUAUGCUGAAGUUGUCAGCCAAUCGGAUUACAGAUGAGGGACUGACCAAACUUGUGGAAGCUUUAUUAAAGAAUAAAACAAACCCGCUAGCAGUGCUGGACCUAUCUACUAACAGGAUUGAAACAGAAGGAGCAAAAUCAUUAUCAAAAUUAUUUACCUCCAAGUCAAAAUUACACAGUCUUAAUGUCAGUUCAAAUAACAUAGGGAAAGAUGGGUUACUAUCCCUGGCAUCAGUUGUGGCGGGGAAGUCCCCAUUACAGACCUUGCACGCCCAGGAUCAAAGUGCAAAACAAGAAGAUGCCAAUAUGGCUGAAAUCUUUUCAAAACUAGCUACCAGUCUAGGUUACAAGAUACAGAUGGAUGGCGAUAAAGUGAAGCCUGGGUGUAGUGAUUUACCCUCAAACCUGCCAGAUGGUCUCCUUGUGAACCUUACACUAAUGGGAGGUUAUGCAGGAAAUGUUGGCCAGGCCAUAGACAGUAGAUGUAUCAGGACUGAUUAUAUAGAUGAAAGACUUCCAAGUCUCUCAUUCCACAAUAUCAUGCAAAUAUGCUGCUUUCUACAGGGAAAAAGUACAGAUAAGUGUGUCUGGUCUGAGAAGGAAUGGGAUAUGAUAACUGGUGCCGACAGACCAACUACAGAUGCACCAUCUUGGCUUAAGUUACCAGCAGAAAGAGACCGUUGUAUUUAUAUUAGUAACCUACCUGGUACAGCAACACUACAGAAAAUAGAGGCAAUUCUAGAGAUGGAUGCAGACUGUAGUGUUGAUGAAACUUGCUUAAUGAAGGACCCAGUAACAAGAGGUGUAAAUGGUGUUGGCUGGUCUAUGAUGAGUGAUCAGGAAUCUGUUACCAAGGCGAUAGACUAUUUCAACAGUGGAGAGGCGAAGAUGUUUGGUCAAGCUUUCAUGAUGUCAGAGGUCAAAGUUCAAGUGGAUAAUGAAGCAAGUACAGAAAUAGAGCAGAAAGCUUUAGCUGACAGGGAGACUAGACAGAAAUUAAGAGCGAAACAAGAGGCCGAACAUAAAACACUGAUUAUAAACACAACCGAGGCAACGUGGAAACGACAUGCAUACCGACUCGCUCAUCCGGCAUACGCAGAUGGUCGUAUAUGGUAGAAACUUGUACAGUAACAUGCCGCAGAACUGUUCAACGAUACAGUGAAAUCUGUGUCAAACUCCAUUUCUUAAUAAUAGACUAAAAUUAAUAUAUCAAUAUACAAUAAGUGAAAAGAUAAUUAUACGUCAACACCAGGGCUGUUUAUAUUAUUUCAUAUCUACCGGUUAUAACCUACCGUAAGGUCUUCAUCAGGAUAAAUUUUGACAGAAAUUUUGGCCUGAAGUAUUAAAAAUAUAUAGUAUGGUAAGUCACAUAACUAAACAAAAAAAGUAACAAAAAUUCUAAAAAUAGAAUGAGAUUUGGCUUGGUGCCAGAAUGUUGUUAAGUAUAUGUGUAAUAAUUAAAUUAAUGAAGAUACUAUAGUUUUACCGAGUCCAAAAUACUGAUAUUAUUAAUAUAGAAAAUUUGUUACUGACCAUUAUUAGAACCAAGCUGAAGUUCCUCUCUGUGUAAAAAAAAAGGUUGAACUUUCCUGGCCAAAUGCCAAAAAUUUACCACCGCUUAAACAACAUAAGAAAAUUCAGAAUUUUUUAAUAUUAUGUGCACAAAAUGUCUGGCCCUUUGAUCUGAAAGUUAUUUGAUUAUUUUCAUGCUUGAGAUAAAAGAUUCAAGUAGAUUUGUCUGUGAUAAAGUAAAAUACAGUAUUA